AUGAAAUUCUUUCUUGGAUUUGAAGUAUGUCAAACUGAUGAAGGAAUCUUCAUUCACCAGAAGAAUUAUGCCUUAGAAAUCUUAGCAAAAUUUGGAAUGGAAGACUGCAAUGCAGUCAGCAGUCCCAUUGUAACUGGCUGUAAGCUAGUGAAAAAUGAGGCAGGCAAAGCUAGUGAUGAAACUCAGUACAAGCAAAUGGUUGGAAGUUUGAUGUAUUUGCUUGCUACUAGGCCUGACCUAGCUUACUCAGUGUGUCUUGUAGCUAGAUUCAUGGAAAGGCCAACUGAAAUACACAUAGCAGCAGUCAAAAGGAUUAUGAGGUAUGUUAAAGGAACAACUCGUUAUGGCUUGCUAUACAAGAAAUCUAGUAUGGAAUUGCAACUCAAUGGAUGGACAGAUUCUGAUUAUGCAGGGGAUCUUGAUGACAGAAAAAGUACAUCUGGAUAUGUUUUUAUGCUAGGGAAUGGUGCUAUUUCAUGGUCUUCUAAAAAGCAGUCCAUUGUGACACUUUCAACAACAGAGGCUUAA